UACUCGAUAGACGAGACUAUAUCGGUCUGUAUAAUCUAUGUAGACACAAGUAGUCGAGUGUUGUGUUUGAGUUUAGUUGUUAUUGAAGUUGUGCUACACUCUCACGUACAUCAGCCCGUUAAAUUAUUGCAUUUAUAAUCACAGAUAAUAAAACGAGACAAUGCCGACGGUCAAAGUGUACUACUUCCAGCUGAAGGCGGCUGGUGAAAGCAUCCGUCUGUUACUUGCCUAUGGCGGUCAGGAGUUCGAAGAUAUCAGGGUGGCUAGGGAAGAUUGGCCGGAACUAAAACCAUCAAUGCCGUUUGGUCAAAUGCCGGUACUUGAGAUCGAUGAAGCUGCAUCGGUUUUCUACGAGACAGAUGAGAAUGCGAAGGCUAAGAAGCAAGAAGAAAAUGAAAAGAAUCAUUAUCCAGUUAUGUUGAAAAAGUUAGACGAAAUUAUCACUAAAAACAAAGGGCACAUGGCUCUUGGAAAGCUCACUUGGGCAGACUUUGUUUUCGCUGGUAUGUAUGACGCUUUUAAGUUUUUACUCAAAAUAUCUGACCUAGACGAGAAGUAUCCGAGUUUUAAGAAACUACAAGAGACGGUGCUGUCCAUCCCCAAAGUGAAGGCGUAUUGUGACAAAGCUCCCAAGUCUGAUUUUUAAAAGAAUGUAAUUUCAAAUCGUAUUUCUUUUAUAUAUUUUUUUUAUUUGUUUAUUGUUUUAAUGUGUUGUAUGAAUAUAAAUUCUCGAUUUAAUUUUGACAUUUUUAUUACCGAAUCAAAUACAUUUAACAAAAAUUUUAAAUACAUUCUAAGUACCUAAAUUGGAAUAUCGUUAAAACUAGGAAAUAUUAAAGGACCCUUAGUAAUCCUUUUAUUGCACGAUAAGAUAAGGGAUUCUAACAGCUUAAAUAGCUUUAGUCUUAUUUCAAAGUAAAAUAUUAACCAUAACUGAAUAUAAUAUAGCCAGAAAUAUAAAAUUGUCUUCUAAACCCUUCUAAAUGUCGAGUUAAG